CUAAUUAUACACUCACUUUUAGACACUUCACUUACCAUAUCAUCUACAGUACUCUCUCUCUAUAUAAAUAGCUUUUCAUAAAUUGUUAAAUGGCACAAUAUAUAUACACAGAACACACUUCUUCCCCCACAAAGGAAACCUUAAACUGAUUCAUCCACUCAUAGCACUUUCCUCUUUCAUCAUUUUCAAGAAUGGACAACUUUGGAAACUUCUAUUUCGAUCCACUUCCUUUAGUACCAACUACUUCUACAUCAACCUUUAAUAAUGGUAGCUGUGGAAAAGCUAAUUCUUCUGAUGAAGAAGUCAUGAUGUUACUAGCUUCCAAAACCCCGAAAAGACGUGCAGGCAGGAAGAAGUUUCACGAAACUCGACACCCCAUUUACAGGGGAGUGAGGAGGAAGAAUUCCAAAAAGUGGGUUAGCGAAGUAAGAGUUCCCGGUGAAAAAUCAAGAAUUUGGCUUGGCACGUUCCUAACUGCAGAAAUGGCGGCUAGAGCUCAUGAUGUGGCGGUCAUGGCUCUUAGAGGCCGGUCAGCUUGUUUGAAUUUUGCUGACUCGGCCUGGAGGUUGCCCAUCCCGGCUUCAGCGGCCGCCAAGGAUAUUCAGAAGGCAGCCGCUGAAGCAGCUGAAGCAUUUCGUCCGUCAGAAUCGUCGGAGGGAGAAAACUCCGAUAAAUUAGUUAGCAUUGUUGACCAAGUGAUCAUAAGCAACAUUGUUGACUUACCUUGGAGAUUACCCCUCCAGGCUUCGACGGUCGCCAAUGACAUCCGGGAGUCGACCGCUGAAGAAGCCAAAGCAUUAAUUCAGCCGUCAGAAUCAUCGAAUGGAGAAAACUCUGAGGAGGUCAACGUUAUUGACCAAGUGAUCAUACAAGACAUCGUUGACUCGGCUUGGAGGUUACUUAUCCCUGCUUCAGCGGCCGCCAAGGACACUCAGAAGGCGGCCACUGAAGCAACUGAGGCAUUUCAGCCGUCAGUAUCCUUAGACAGAGAAAACUCCGAGACAAUAACCAUCGUCGACCAAGUCAUACAAGACGUCGUCGUUGGAGAAUUCCCGGAUUAUAGUGUGUUGUUCAUGGAGGAAGCGGUUUUUUACAUGCCGGGAUUACUUGCGAAUAUGGCCGAAGGGCUAAUGCUACCACCUCCAUCUCAAUGUAUAGACGGAUAUGGCAUGGAAGCUGAUGAUAUUGACAUGUCUUUGUGGAGUUAUUAAGUUUAACCAAAUGUGUUGAGAUUUUUUUAGUAGUUUAGUUUCCCGUAAAUACAGUCGAAAUGUAGCGGAAAUUGGACUAAUUGAUUGUGGCAAUUGCAACGCAAUUCCUUUUUUGGUUGGAUAUUCGUACUUAAACUGUUUGUCGGGUGUGGACGUGUA